AUGUGGUGCAGGCGAUCCAAAACAUCCUGCGAGGUAACCUGCAGUGCCACUCAGUUCCGUUUGACAGGCGCUGCCACAAACCCGUGUCCAGACAUGUACCCGCCAUGGUCUGAAUCUGUCAGUUUCCAAUUUCAUGAACCCGUUCGCCUCAAAAAGAUUGUUCCCUUCACGGACACAUUCCCUCCACAUUCUCCAGUGAAUGAUGCCACCGUUUCUUGCUGCGGUCAGAGUAAUGUGUGUGCAGGUGCAACCAGCUCGGCAACAACACAGAGCAUUCUGGUGAUCAGGAUUGUUGCCCACGAUCCACUAGCAGAAAAUGUCAUGUUUACGAUGCCAGAUGCGAUGCCAUUUUGA